AUGAUAUCCACAGGUAGAGUUGCAGGACUCAAAUCUCUUCCAGAGGCAUUCCAUCUUUCGCCGGCCGAUACGGAGGUCGCAGACGCCUCAGUCGAGGAAAUCACGGCGAAGCUUUUCUUUAUUCUAGAAAACGGCGAGCCCUCGCAGGAAAUCUUGAAAGAGAUCACGGCCAAGGUCCCUCCUGAGGCUACGUUCAUUGUUGCUUUGAGGUCGGAGUUCGCCAAAGACACGCCGCUGAGCGCAACUGAGGUCGAAUUGGUGCGUCGAGUUUUUUCGCUGGUUCCCCAUGCCCGCAGUUAUGGCAUUGCGGACCUGUCUGCGACCGCAUUAUCGUCGAUACUGGAUGCGGGAAUCCAUAUUGAUAUCGAUCACAUUGACGCAGACGAGUGCUGUGCCCUGCCUCCUGAUAUUUUGAAGCUUGGCCGUGAGAUGAACAUUAGACUCCUUGCUCAUCACGACACCCAAUUCACCACACAGGAGGCACUGUCGCAGGUUGCCGAGUCAGUUAAAAAGCCCUUUACGGAAUGGCAUGCCGUGCUGCGUCUGAGCGGGACCUUCAAAGGGCGCCAGGUCAUUGCCAGUACCGAGUAUUAUAUCGCAUAG